UGUACACAGCAGAGAGAGCUGGAACCACGUUGAAAAUGUUUUGCUGAUUUCUGUAACUAUUUUCGGAAGUUUGACAGUGAAAUGACAGAAUUGGUCAUGGUGAUUUCGACAGUACAAUUUCUAAUCAACAUUGUCAUAUAGAGUUGAUCCAACAUCAUCAUGCUGACCCCAGCGUUUGAGCUGAGUCAGGACUCGGACUUCCUUACCCUAAUGAUACGUGUGCCCUACACCAGGACCUCAGAGUUUGACCUGUGCAUUGAUGGGGAGGACUUCAAGUUCUAUGCCAAGCCGUACUUUCUUCGGUUGACCUUACCUGGCAGAAUUGUAGAGGAUGGAAGAGAGAAAGCAUCAUUCAAUAUUGAUAAAGGUGCCUUCACACUGCGUGUGCCCAAAGAGACGCCGGGCCAGCACUUUGAGGGACUGCAGAUGCUGACGAGCCUCCUGGCACCCAAGGGCACCCGCUCUGCCAAGCCCCUGGUGGAGGAUAUGGAACCCUGUGUGGGGAGUGCAGGCGCUGGGCUGGAGGUGGAGGAGGAAGAGGAGGACGAGGAGGACGAGGAAGAGUUUGAUUGGCAGGUGGAGCAGGCAGUGUACACCGAGUGCUCUGAGGAGGAACUGAACCAGCUGCAGAAGUACGGCUUUGGCAACCUCAGGUGUGGGGUCUUCACCAGACUGCAGGAGGAGCUGAGCGAUGUCGUUGAUGUGAAAGACCCCGACAGAACGACACCAGCGGCAAGGAGAAGUGGCCGACAAGCCGCCGAGCACAACAAGUUUGACCCGGACCAUUAUCUGGCUGACCUGUUCGAGGACGAGGCGAUCCAGAGUGUGCUGAGGUUUGGGCCUUGGUGGGGAGAAGCAGGCUCGGAGCAGUCCCCACACAGCCCUGCACCCAUAGAGUUCUCUGACGAGGACAAGGAGCAGAUGAGGAAGUUCACCAACCGCUCGUACCUGCUGGACAAGUUGACGCGCCAGCAUGUGUGGCUCAGCCUGUUGGAUAUCAUCCUGGCCUACGCCUACGAGAUCCGCGUCACUGAGGGAGAGCAUAGCGUGGAGUCGCCAUGGAACAUCCGUAAGCUCAGUGGGACCUUGAGCUGGCUGGAGACGUAUCACUCGCUGCAGGACGUGCUGGUGUCGUUUGGCAGGAGAGUGGUGUCCUACCCCCUGUACCGCCACUUCUCCCUGGUCACCGCGGCAGUACGAGACGCCGCACGGAUCUUCCAGGCAGGCAAGGCCUGUGUCCUGAAAUGCCUGUUGGACGUCCACAAGGUCUUCCGAGAGAACGACCCUGCUUACAUCCUCAACGACCUUUACAUCACCGACUACUGCGUCUGGAUCCAGAAAGUCAAGUCCAAGCAUGUAAGCUCUCUGACUGAGCCUCUACAGAAAGCCACUCUGAAGAAGAAAGAUCUGGGAUUGGAUCUGGAGGAGCUGGAGGCGGCGGCAGCACUGGUGGAGAGAGAGGAGGAGGAGGAGGAGGAGGAGGAGGAGGAGGAGGAUGGGUCGUCGAGCGGAGAGGAGUCUGGCAGCAGUGAGAGCAGUGACAGCAGCAGUGACAGCAGCAGCAGCAGCUCCUCAGAGGACAGCGAUGACCGCCAGACUCACGAGGAGCCGCGCGCUCCGUGCGUGCUGGUAAACUCAGGUAGCGUUGCAGGGGAGAAGGAGAACAACCACAGCAGCAGCAGCAGCCGCCGCCUCCAGCAGCCCCAACCGGCGGCUCCAGUGGAGGACCCAGACCUGACCCCAUCCCCAGCCCCCGGCCUUCCCCCCCGCAGGGCAGCAGACGGCGCCGCCCGCACCACCAGCAGCACCACCAGCAGCAGCCCUGCACAGCUGAUCCAGGAACUGGGAGAGCGGCUGGGGGAGGGGUUGCAAAUCUCGCCGGCACGGCCAGAGGGAACGCCCCCCUCACCCUCCUCCUCCUCCUCCACCUCCUCCUCCUCCUUCUCCUCCUCCUUCUCCUGCGUCAGCAGUGUGGAGCAGCGAGAGCGGCAGAGAGUGCGAGCGGGAGAGGGGGAGAGCGCGAGAGGGAGCCAGCCAGUACACACACGCCCGCCGUGCUCCGAGCAGAGGCACGCUCCGCCGGCCGAGGCUGCCAAAGCCGAGAGGACGCUCCCGACAGCCCGUCCGCACAGAAAACCGCUGGUCAUCGUCAAAGCGGAGGAGUUGGACAGCGACGACGAUGAGGACUGUUUACCCGGUCACUGAUGAACUGAAGCUGCAGAGGUUUGUGGGACUCGACACGGUCUUGUCAUCUGUUCUUUGGACUGCACAGCCUCACAUCUUCAGGAUUCUAAUUGACCCCCCUGUAAUUAUGUUGUUGUAACAUGCUCGCGUUUAAUCAAGGUGCACCAGUGCAUCGUGUUAUGUUUUGUGUUUUUUUCCUUUUUCUGUAUUAAACUUGAAAAGACA